AUGCAGUUUGACCCCCAGCAGCAGCAGCAGCAGCAGCAGCAAAAUGCUGCGAGGCAGCUGGCCACACCGGAGGCAGCCGUGGCGCUGUGCCGAUCAGAAGCCGUCAGGCUGCGGCGGCAGCAGCAAGCAGCAGCGUGUGAGCAGCAGAAGCAACAGCAGCAGCAGCAGCUGCUGCUGCAGCAGCUGCAGCAGAAAGAGCAAGAGCAGCAGGCCGCAGUUAGCGCCUCAACCAACCUGCUGAACUGCAGCAAGCAGCAGCUGCAGCAGCUGCAGCAGAAGCUGCAGCAAAAGCCUUCGCAGCAGCAAUGCCAGCAGCAAGUUGCUGCUAGCGAGCAGCAGCUGCAGCAGCUGCAGCAAGAAGCAGCAGCACACGGCGAGGCGGAGCUCAAGAGUCUUGAAUCUCGAAGCGCGGCCUGUGGACAAACGCUGCAGCAGCUGCAGCAGCAGCGGCAGCAGCUGCAGCAAAUGCAGCAGGCCCUGCAGCAGCACGAAGCGCUGGGGGUGUCUCUACAGGUGGCGCAGCAGCGGCAGCAGGAGAAGCAGCAGCUGCUGCAGCAGAAGCAGCAGCAGCUGCAGCAAAGCCUUGCUGCUCUUCAAAAAGCCUCCUUGGGCGCUUUUUCUAACGACCCGCAGCAGGCUGGAGCGCAGCUAGCCGCAGCUGCUGCUGCUGCUGCUGACCCCACUAUUGCUGCGUCUGCUGCUGCUGCCCAGAAGCAGCUGCGAGCAGCAGCAGCAGCAGCUGCUGCUGCUGUGGCGGCAGCAACCGAAAAGGUGCUGCUGCUGCAGACGGCGCAUGCAGAGGCUGAGGAGCUCGCAGCAGCAGCAGCAGCAGCAGCAGCAGCAGAGGCGGAGGCCAAGUCCAUUGAUUCGAAGCUGCGCGCAGCAGCAGGCCCGCAGCUGACAGCCUCAAGCAGCAGCAGCAGCAGCGAAGUGCAGCAGCAGCUGCAGCAGCUGGAGGCGCAGAUUGCUCAGGCUUUUGCUGAAAGAGAAGCAGCGCAGCAGCAGCAGCAGCUGCUGCGGCAGCAGCAGCUAGGCCGGCAGCAGCAGCUGCUGCAGCUGACAGCCGUGCUCGCAGAGCAGCAGCGCAUGCUGCAGCAGAUCAAAGAGGAGCAGCAGCAGCAGCAACAGCAGAAGCAGCAGCUCCAGGCAACCGAAGCAGCACUGCCUGGGCAGCAGCAGCUGCUGCAUGCGACGCGGCAGCAGCUGCAGCAGCUGCAGCAGCAGCAGCGACAGGCCGAGCAGCAAGCGGAAGCUCAGCAAAGGCAAAUGGAGUCUGCUACUUCUCAGCUAGAAUCGAUUGCUUCAUCACUCGAGGAGCAGCAGCAGCGGCUAGGAGAGGCUGAAGCUGCUGUUUCUGCUGCAGCAGCGUCAGCAAGCGGCGCGAGGCUGCAGCAGCUGCGGCAGCAGCAGCAGCAGCUGAGUGCAGCACUGCAGCAGGAGCAGCAGCAGCAGGAGCAGCUGAAUGCAGCGUUCGACAAGGGGCAGCAGCUGCUGCAGCAGGUAAAGGACAGCAUAGAAGUGAAGCGGCAGCAGCAGCAGCUGCAGCAGCAGCAAGCAGCAGCAGAGGCCCAGCGUCGCGCGCUGCAGCAGACGCUGCAGCAGGGCCUGGCAGCGUUGGUGCAGCAGCUGGGCGCUGCAGCAGCAGCAGCAGCAGCCGAAGCAGCAGCAGCUGCUGCUGCUGCAGCUCAGCAGCAGCAGCAGCUCACAGCAGCAACCGUGGAGGCGCUGGUUGAGGCCCUUCGCAGAGACACAGCAGCAGCAGCAGCAGCACUGGCGGAGCAGCGGGGAGCAGCAGCAGCAAGAGAAGAAAGGAAGCAGCAGCUGCAGCGGGAACUCAACAGCGCAACCUACAGGCAAAUAGAAGACAGAUACGUAGAGGCACUGGCGGACUGCGAGGCGGAGCGGCUGGCAGUGGAGGACUUGGACAAAUACCACAAGGCCCUCGACAGGGCCCUCAUGAACUACCACGCUGCCAAGAUCGAGGCGAUAAACGAAUCCUUGAAAGAACUUUGGCAAACACUUUAUGCCGGAACGGAUAUUGAUAGUAUUGCAAUUCGGUCAUCUGUAGCUGCAGCAGAGGACUCUGCUGCAGCAGCAGCAGCAGCAGCAUAUGGGGGCCUAGCAGCAGGAGAACGUUCUUACAACUACAGAGUUGUGAUGAAAACUCCUAAUGGAAAAGAAAUCGACAUGAGAGGCCGUUGUUCUGCGGCAAAUUUGAAUGCCAAGAAGCAGCAGCAACGCGAGAAGAAAAGAAACGAAAAGAAGCUUCGAAAAGAAGCUUCGAAAAGAGUCCAAAAGAUGCAAAAAGUCGAAAAAGAAGUUGCGGUGGCUGCAGGACAAAAAGUGCUGGCGAGCCUGGCGGUGCGGCUGGCGCUCGCCGACAGUUUUGGGGUGUCUUGCCAGCUGCUGGCCCUCGACGAGCCCACCACGAACUUGGAUUCUUUCAAUUGCGAAAGCCUGGCGCGGGCGCUGUCGCGUUUGGUGCGUUCGCGGGCCGGCAGCAGCAGCUUCCAGCUGCUGCUGAUUACCCACGACGAAAACUUCGUCCAGAAACUUUUCCGAGAAGGACUUUUUCAAAAGUGCGUCAAAGUCCGCAGAGACAACACCGGACGCAGCAGACUCUCCGCAGCCACGCUCCACCUCUAG